UGCAAUUAAUUCAUCUCUUUUUACAAAUUUAUUUUUCCCUUCUCCCUACAGAGGCUCUUACUCUUUGCCAACAUUUCUUGGGUUACAGAAGUCCUUCCCUUGCUGGCAUUUUAUUUUGACAUGCUUAUUUCAAUUCAGCAACUAUUUGAACAGUAAUAUUGGUGAAGGGCCUAUGCUAGAUGCUGCAGGGGAUAAAAUAAAUAAGUGGCACAGUCCCUGAUAGCACCUGAUGUCAAAGGGCUUAGUUACUAAUAAGGAAAAAUAAGGAAGCUGCCCAAAUAAUUAUAAUGCAAGGCAGAGUACACUGUCAGGUACAGGAAGAGAUUACACCAAGGACUGGUGAGCAUCUCCUUUGUAGAGUCUUGUGGUCCUUGUUGUUUUCUUGUUUGCUUCUGUCAGUCAUUUCUAGUACACCUCAGAAUUUUCUCUCUAAAUGUUACAAAAUUAUUUUUUCCUGCAAUUAUAUGACUUUUCUACUACACUUCCCCCUUUAGCGCCUAAAUUCAUGCUUAGACUCUGCAAAGAUGCCUUAGGUUUUUUAUCAAAACCAGCAGUAGUAAGAAACUAAUUUUUUAUUAUAUCUGUUCUGAAUGGCCUUGACCUUAUGAGUUGACAUUUCAACUGUGAUCCUUCUGUGCCUCCACUCUUGACCAUGGCACUUAUCUGAUGGCCUCAACAGCAACUUCCUGUUGUGUUUGUUCUUUACUCACUUGUUUAUGACUUGCUCUCUUGAAAAUCCUGAUAGCAAAGUUCCUCAAGUCACAUAGUUUUCUCAAUUUUACCCUGUUUUUCCUUAUUCUCCUUCCAAAGUCUCAAGUUGAUCUUAGUCAAGGGUUUCUCCAAGAGUAAAGUUCUUUUAAUGUUUAGGGGGAUAAAAAGUAAUAAAGUCUUCAUAAUUCUUGGGAAAUUGUAUGAGUGUAAAGUGUUACUUCCCAUGAUGUUAUAUGUAUAUGGGGUAUCUGAAGAAAAAAACACAUCCAUGCCUUUCUUGGUUGACUACAAAAUGGACCAUUUUUCCCCCCUCUUUCUUCACUAGCAGAACUCAGAUUUUGCUCAGACUCCUCCUAGUGGACAUAUCCUUAAGAGGAGGCUGGAAAUGGAUCCUGACCUCAUUUCCAUUGACAAAUGCAAGGUUUAGACACGAACAUGAAAUGUGAUAUUAGAUGAAGGGCAACAUUUUCUGGCGGGCUUCAGAAACUUUACUCAAAAAAUGAAAAUGCUCUAUCUUGCUUCUGGACAUUGUCACCUACAAGGAACACCGGAAAGCAUACUUAGCAUCCAUGAUAGAAAAAUCACUAUCUGUCAGAGACCACAGAAAGGAAAGAUGAAUAAGAGUGUCAUCCUAGAGUCACUGUAUUUACGAACCCAUGGCUUUUCUACAACCUCACAUCUUGGGUGAGGUUAUAAAUGUUCUUAUUGUAUACCACUGUUACUUGGGCUUUCUGUUAACUGCAGUUAACUGCUGAUUUUUGUUCAUUACAGAUGUCAAUUAUUUCUGAAAUAUACAAAUUAUUAUUUUUUAAAAACCCAAAGCAACAAGUCAAGACUAUAUUGCCCUGUAGGACAUUUAGGAAUAUUGUAUUUAAACUAGCAACCUAUUUCAACGGUCUUUCUCAACUGCCUAUACAUUUCUUUCUUUAAUUCUCCUGGAACCAACUUUACCAUUUUGUCCAUUUCCUCAUGAAUGAAUUGAAUGAAUCUUUGACAUGUCUUCAUUCUGUAUUUUGAGGUACAUAUAUCACUUUUUGAAAAUUGUAGUUUAAUAGUAGCACUAUGAUCUAAAAUUUUCUGCUGAAUUUGAAAGUUGUUUUCACUUCAAUUUAAUUCAACUCAUUAAAAGAAUGCCUGUUUUUCUGGUGUAGAGGAUGCAAGGGUGGAAUAUAGGGUUGAAAGAGAAACUAAGAACCACUGUGAGGUGUGAUUUCUAGGCUUGCUCAGUAGCCACUGAGAGCCCCAAGGAUUGCCCUGGGCCAUACAAAGCAGCCUUGACAGAUUGAAGUCAUUUUAAAGGCUUUUCAGGAGCUUGUGUUCAUUAAAGAUUCUUAGGAUGUAAGUAGAAACACCUAUAGGUGGUUAUCAGAUGCAAUUAAUAUCCUGAAAAGAAAGGUUGUUGAGGCACCAAAUCUUGCUGAAAAUAACCUAUUAAUUAAUAAUCAGUUAUUAUAAUGAAUGUUUGAGGGCAACACUUCUUCCUAGUUCCUUUGGGAGACAUGGAAUUUGAAGUCGUUAUUUUGAAAUGGACACUUAACAAAUGGAAAGGACUAAAAAAAAGUUUAGUUGGAGGACUGCCCCUCAAAAUUCUGGCUAUUUCAGUCUCAACAAAUGCUUUAAUAGACCAUAUUAAAAUCUCAAUUCAAUAUCACGGAGACUGUUAUUAACCUAGAACGUGACCUUUCAUUCUCGGAUUGAAUAAAUAUUCUGCAUAUUUUCAAAGAACGUCCAUGCUUACAGGAGCGUCAAUGCAUUCUUUUACAGCAUUAUUAACAUCCCAGUAAUUGGCAGCUGAGUUUCGGAAUCAGGAUUUCGAAUACCUAGAUCUUGGAUCCCACAAGUAGGAAAGUUAAAUGGUAGUGUUGGUGCUUUUCUGGAAACAUUCGGACAAUUAUCCGCAGGUGAAUUUGGUAAAAGCCCUCAGCGCGAGUCCUGAAUCCCGGUUCCACCAUCUCCUUGUUGCUUAGUCACUUCGUGACUUAGUCUCCUGGCUGACCAGUCAAACAAGCUGACCAGUCGAAGCCUGCCUUUCUAGGUAUUAAAAUAAUCACUGUGAAGGACUUAGCACCGAGCUCAGCUCAAAAACACAGCAGUUAAUCAACAGUGGGGUGGUAUUCGCCUUCCCCGGGAGCCCCACGGAGAUGUCAAACGUGCCAGGGAGCCAGAGGGCAGCGUAGAGGGCCACCGCGCGGCUCACGCUGGCCAAGGGCAUACCCCUCCCCGCCGGGUUUACUGCUCAAAGCCCAAAGGUCCCUCCCCUCGACGCUCACUCCACCCCCAGCGGGCAGGGGCGGGAAACCAUCUCCCGGGAAACGGGACGCGCCGCUCAAGCCAGGCCAGGGCACCCGCCAGCUUGGCUUGCGCUGCGCGCGAACGCUGGCGGCCCAGGCGGCGGCAGGUGGGGGACGAGGAGCCGCUUGCCGGUGGUCACUGGAGGUGGUUGGUGCUUCCAGGGGUGCGCGUGCGGAGAGCGGCCUCGCCCACCCGGGGUCUGCGCGAGCGGUGGCCAGACCCGCGUCCUGUCGGACGUACUCAAUGGCAGCCUCGGUGGCAGCCCAGGAGGCGCAUGGCUUUCGGAAAGUUCCUACUCUUAGCCUAACUCCGGGCGUCGGCAUGGAGGCGGCGGGCCUGGUGGAGCUAGAGGAGGAGGAGGAAGAAGAAGAAGAGGAGGAAGCUGCGGCUCGGAGAGCGCGGAGUUUCGUCCAAGAUGCGCGGGUGCGCUUCGUGGGCGGCCGUUUGGAGCAGAUGUUGGGGUUCCCGGAGGAAAAAUGGAGCCAGCAUUUGGAGAGCGAGGACAACCGGCAGAUCCUGGGGGAGUUUCUGGAGAGCCCCGGCCCCGCCUGCCUUGUGUUCAGCAUUGCUGCCGCGGGGCAGCUCGCGACCUCUCAUCAGAUUCCAAGAGAUGCAAAACAUAAACUAGUUUAUAUUGCCAAGAAGAUUACCGAAAACACUGGAGUAAAUGAUUUCUCUCAAACAGUUGUAUUUGGAGAGUUACCUGCCUCAUCUGUUGGAUAUGUAACUGCUUUUCUAGAUGAGAUUUUGGUGCCAAUUAUUUCUAAUAAGAACAACCAUAAGUCCUGGUCCUGCUUUAUCUCACAAGACAUGGAACGUCACGUAGAAGUCAUGAGAAAUAAAAUGCAUAUUUUUAGGGGGAAAAUGUUGAGAAGAACUCUUCUGCCAAUUCCCACUAUUGCAGGAAACAUUGACCUGGAUCAGAAAUAUUCAGAGACCAGAAUUCAUAGGCUAGAGCCAAAUGAAAGGACAAUACUCCAUGUACUUGAAUCGGUGGUUAUUAAAUGGUCGCAUCAAAUCCAAGAAGUUGUGGAAAAAGAUUCAGUGCAGCCUUUGCUCAGUGGCCUUCACUCAAAUCCUGAAACUGAACUGGAUUUUUGGACAAUGAGGAGAGAGAACCUAUCAUGCAUUUAUGACCAACUUCAGGCUCCUAUUGUGCUCAAAAUGGUUAAGAUCCUGAAAAAUAAGCAAAGUAGCUAUUUCCCAACUUUGAGGGACAUUUUCCUGUCUGUGAAAAAUGCUCUUCGUGAAGCCCAAGACGUGGAACUUUACCUGAGACCCCUGAGGAGACACAUUCAGUGUCUCCAGGAGACGGAAUUCCCACAGACCCGUGUAUUAAUUGCCCCGUUAUUUCAUACCAUCUGUCUCAUCUGGAGUCAUUCCAAGUUUUAUAAUACCCCUGCUCGGGUUAUUGUUUUGUUGCAAGAAUUUUGUAAUCUCUUCAUUGACCAGGCAAGAGCUUACCUUUCACCUGAACAUCUUUUGAAAGGAGAACUUGAAGAUUCUCUGGAAAAGGUGCAGGUGGUCAUCAAUGUCUUCAAGACUUUCAAAAAUUCUUUUUUCAACUAUAGAAAAGGAUUGGCAAGCUAUUUUAUGGGAAAGAAGGAAAUGAAACCAUGGGAUUUCCGGUCUCAUCUGGUGUUUUGGAGAUUUGACAAAUUUCUUGACCGUUUCAUGAAAAUAGAGGAUAUAUUUGUCACCACGUUGGAAUUUGAAAAGCUGGAAAGACUUGAAUUUGGCGGUACCAAGGGAGCAAUUUUCAAUGGACAAAUCCACGAGAUGAGUGAAGAAUUGAUGGAACUCUGUAAAGUUUUUAAACAGAGCACAUAUGACCCAUCUGAUUACAAUAACAUGGAAUUCGAAAGUGAGUAUGCCAUGUUUAAGUCCAAAACUGUGGAUUUUGAUCGAAGGCUUGGGACAAUUCUUUGUGUAGCUUUGUUUAACUGCAAUGGUCUAGAAGCUGCAUUUAAGCUUUUGACCAUAUUUGGGAAUUUUCUUGAGAAACCAGUUGUCAUGGAAAUUUUCAGCCCACAUUACAGCACAUUAGUGCACAUGUUUAAUGCCGAGUUGGAUAUGUGUAAGCAAUUGUAUAACGAACAUGUGAAACAGAUUGAACAAGGAACUGUGGUUCUUAACAAGAAUAUGCCGUUUACCUCGGGAAAUAUCAAAUGGGCUAAAGAGGUCCUUGACCGGCUUCAAAUGUUUUGGUCAAACUUUGCAUCUCUCCGUUAUCUAUCCUUGGAAAGUCCUGAUGAUGCCGUGGUUUACCAGAAGUAUACUGAAAUGACAACUUUGCUGGAUCAAUUUGAAAAUCAUGUCUAUAAUGAAUGGAAAAGUAAUGUGGAGGAAAUCUGUGAUUUCAGUUUGAAUCAACCCUUGAUUAGAUUCAGUGCCGUAAAUGGUCUUCUCAGUGUCAACUUUGACCCAAAGCUAGUGGCUGUGUUAAGAGAAGUGAAAUACCUCUUGAUGCUGAAGAAAUCGGACAUCCCGGAUUCAGCCUUAGCCAUCUUUAAAAAAAGGGAUACUCUUUUAAAGUACAUUGGAAAUCUUGAACUUCUCGUGCAAGGAUACAAUAAGCUGAGACAGACUCUUCUGGAUGUUGAAUACCCCCUGAUUAAGGAUGAGCUAAGGGCUGUGGACGAGGAACUGCAGGCUGCCGCCACAUCACUGACAUGGCAGGAUGACUGCUUGAGGGACAUUGAGAGGGUGAAAACGGCCACCUCCGAGCUGGAGCGCAGAGUGGAGCACACGCAUGACAACGUCAGGGCCAUUCAGCAGAUGAUGCGGGCCUGGGCAGAGGGCACACUCCUUCCCAGGAGAGAACACCGCCGAGAGACCGCCUUGACCUGGGAGGACAAGGGCGACUUGUUCAUGAAAAAAUACAAGCAAAUCCAAGAAGAUGGCUGCAAGAUACACAGCUUGGUAGAGGAAAACAGGAGACUCUUCAAAGCCAAUCCUUCUCUGGAUACCUGGAAGAUUUAUGUAGAGUUCAUUGAUGACAUCGUGGUGGAAGGCUUUUUUCAAACUAUAAUGCAUGACUUAGACUUCUUUCUGAUGAAUACAGAGAAACAAUUGAAACCUGCACCAUUUUUUCAAGCUCAAAUGAUCUUAAUGCCCCCUGAGAUUCUCUUUAAACCUUCUUUAGAAAGAGAGGCUGGGGAUGGCUUCUAUGAUCUGGUGGAAGAAAUGCUGUGCAGUAGUUUCAGAAUGUCUGCCCAGAUGAAGCGAGUAGCAGCCCACCUGGGAGUAGCAAAUUACCAGAAUGAUAUGGACAACAUGCUGGGCCUGGCAGAGGUCAGGCAGGAGAUAAUGAAGAGAGUGGCAGAUGUCAUCAGUAAGGUCUUGGACUUCAGAAGCACCCUGGACAUGUAUGCCUACCUCUGGGUGGAUGACCGAGCUGAGUUCAUGAAGCAUUUCCUCCUGUAUGGCCAUAUUGUGUCAUCCGAGGAAACAGAUCCUCUUGCAGAUGAAGACAUUCCUGAACAAUCCCCAACGCUUGAGCAAUUCAAAGAACAGAUUGACAUUUACGAGGCUUUGUAUGUUCAGAUGAGCAAAUUUGAUGACUUCAGAGUGUUUGAUAGUUGGUUCAAGGUGGACAUGAAGCCUUUCAAAGUGAGCUUGCUAAACAUUAUUAGGAAAUGGAGCUGGAUGUUUCAGGAGCAUCUCUUGAGAUUUGUCAUCGACAGUCUGAAUGAGCUACAGGAAUUUAUAAAGGAGACAGAUGCUGGACUGCAGCGAGAAUUAAGUGAAGGUGAUCACGAUGGUUUAGUUGACAUCAUGGGGCACCUCUUGGCUGUAAGAAGCCGGCAGAGAGCUACUGAUGAACUCUUUGAACCACUGAAAGAAACCAUCACGCUCUUGGAAACCUAUGGCCAGAAGAUGCCUGAGCAAAUCUAUGUGCAGCUAGAGGAAUUACCUGAAAGAUGGGAAACUACCAAAAAGAUUGCAGCAACUGUCAGACAUGAAGUCUCACCUCUCCAAAAUGCAGAAGUCACUCUUAUAAGGAAAAAAUGUAUUUCAUUUGAUGAAAAGCAGGCAGAGUUCAGAGAGAGAUUCAGACUCUGUGCCCCUCUUGGUUUUAAUGCAGAAAAUCCAUACACAGUGCUCGAUAAGGCACAUCAAGAGCUUGAAGCAUUAGAAGAAGAAGUGUUGCAAAUGCAAGAAUCUACUCAUGUUUUUGAAGUGGCUCUUCCAGAGUACAAACAAAUGAAGCAGUGCCGAAAAGAGAUAAAAUUGCUCAAGGGGCUCUGGGAUGUCAUUAUUUAUGUGAGAAGAAGCAUUGAUAAUUGGACUAAAACCCAGUGGAGACAGAUUAAUGUGGAACAGAUGGACGUGGAACUCAGAAGGUUUGCCAAGGAAAUCUGGUCUCUAGAUAAGGAGGUCCGUGUGUGGGAUGCUUACUCAGGCCUGGAAGGCACAGUGAAGGACAUGACAACCUCCCUGAGAGCUGUCGCGGAGUUACAGAGCCCUGCCCUCAGAGACAGGCAUUGGCACCAGCUCAUGAAGGCCAUUGGGGUUAAGUUUUCAAUAAAUGAAGCCAUGACUCUGGCAGAUUUGCUAGCCUUGCAGUUACACCAAGUGGAAGAGGAUGUCCGAAGCAUUGUGGACAAAGCUGUGAAAGAGCUGGGGACAGAAAAGGUUAUUAAUGAAAUCAUUCAGACCUGGGCAACCAUGGAGUUCUCUUAUGAAGUUCACUAUCGAACAGGCAUUCCAUUACUGAAGUCUGAUGAACAAUUAUUUGAAACGCUAGAGCACAACCAAGUUCAGUUACAGACUCUGCUUCAAAGCAAGUAUGUGGAAUAUUUCAUUGAGCAAGUCACGAGCUGGCAACACAAAUUAAACACAGCAGACUCAGCCAUCUUUACUUGGAUGGAAGUCCAGCGCACUUGGUCUCACCUAGAAAGCAUCUUUGUUUGUUCAGAAGAUGUUCGAAUCCAACUUAAGGAAGAUGCUAGAAGAUUUGAUGAAGUAGAUGUUGAAUUUAAGGAGUUGAUGUUCAGGACGGCUAAAAUAAAAAAUGUUCUACAAGCAACAUGCAGACCUAAUCUUUGUGAAAAACUGAAAGAUUUACAGUAUAGGCUUUCUCUUUGUGAAAAAGCUCUUGCUGAGUAUCUGGAAACCAAGCGUGUGGCUUUUCCACGAUUCUAUUUCAUCUCUUCCGCAGACUUACUUGACAUUCUCUCAAAGGGAGCUCAGCCUGCACAGGUUACACGCCACCUUUCAAAGCUCUUCGACAGCAUCGCAGAUCUGCGAUUUGAGGAUGAUCAGGAUGUUUCUGCAUCCAGAGCAGUUGGAAUGUACAGCAAAGAAAAGGAAUACGUCCCAUUUUCAGCCACAUGUGAAUGCACGGGCCAUGUGGAGACGUGGCUUUUGCAGCUGGAACAGAUCAUGAAAGAGACGGUGCGACAUUCUAUCACAGAAGCCAUCGCAGCCUAUGAGGACAAACCUAGGGAAGUAUGGAUUUUUGACUUUCCUGCUCAAGUUGCACUAACUAGCUCACAAAUCUGGUGGACCACUGAUGUAGGCAUAGCCUUCAGUAGGCUGGAGGAAGGCUAUGAAACAGCCCUAAAGGAUUUCCAUAAAAAACAGAUUUCUCAGUUGAAUACACUGAUUGCACUUUUGCUGGGAGAACUUCUACCUGGGGACAGGCAGAAGAUCAUGACAAUUUGUACCAUAGAUGUCCAUGCCAGAGAUGUGGUGGCAAAACUUAUUUCUCAGAAGGUCAGAAGUCCUCAGGCUUUUGCUUGGCUGUCUCAGCUUCGUCACCAGUGGGAGGACACCCGGAAACACUGCCUUGUUCAUAUUUGCGAUGCCCAGUUCCAGUACUUCUACGAAUAUUUAGGAAACAGCCCUCGACUAGUGAUCACUCCUCUGACUGACAGGUGUUACAUCACUUUAACUCAGUCACUUCAUCUCACCAUGAGUGGGGCUCCAGCUGGUCCAGCUGGUACAGGAAAAACUGAAACCACCAAAGAUCUUGGACGUGCCCUUGGCAUGAUGGUUUACGUAUUCAACUGUUCAGAGCAAAUGGACUACAAAUCCAUAGGAAAUAUCUAUAAGGGACUGGUGCAGACAGGAGCUUGGGGCUGCUUUGACGAGUUCAAUCGCAUUUCUGUGGAAGUUCUGUCAGUGGUGGCAGUGCAAGUGAAAAUGAUACAUGAUGCCAUCAGAAACAGGAAGAAGAGAUUUGUAUUUCUUGGGGAAGCUAUCACACUGAAGCCAUCAGUCGGAAUAUUUAUUACUAUGAACCCAGGAUAUGCUGGUCGAACAGAGUUACCGGAAAAUCUCAAAGCUCUUUUCAGACCCUGUGCCAUGGUGGCCCCUGACAUUGAGCUAAUCUGCGAAAUCAUGUUAGUUGCUGAAGGUUUUGUGGAUGCACGCUCAUUAGCCCACAAGUUUAUUACACUGUACACGCUCUGCAGGGAGCUCCUGUCCAAGCAGGAUCAUUAUGACUGGGGACUUCGCGCUGUUAAAUCUGUCUUGGUUGUAGCUGGCUCCCUGAAACGUGGAGAUAAAAGUAGACCUGAAGAACAGGUACUCAUGAGAGCCUUAAGGGACUUCAAUAUGCCUAAAAUCGUGACUGAUGACAUCCCUGUGUUUUUGGGCCUCGUCAGUGACCUGUUUCCAGCCCUGGAUGUGCCCCGCAGGAGAGCACCCCACUUUGAACAAAUGGUCAGGCAGUCCACCGUGGAGCUGCGCCUGCAGCCCGAGGAAAACUUCAUCCUCAAAGUUGUCCAGCUUGAGGAGCUGUUGGCCGUGCGACACUCCGUCUUUGUCAUUGGAAAUGCAGGCACAGGAAAGAGUAAGAUUUUGAGAACACUGAACCGAACAUAUGUUAACAUGAAACAAAAACCCGUUUGGAAUGAUUUAAACCCCAAAGCUGUGACAACAGAUGAACUCUUUGGUUUCAUACAUCAUGCUACCAGAGAAUGGAAAGAUGGUCUCUUCUCAUCCCUUCUGCGGGAACAAGCAAAUCUUAGGCAGGAUGGACCAAAAUGGAUAGUCCUGGAUGGUGAUAUUGAUCCCAUGUGGAUUGAAUCACUGAACACAGUCAUGGAUGACAACAAGGUGCUGACCUUGGCCAGCAACGAGCGCAUAGCCCUCACUCCCUCUAUGAGGCUGCUCUUUGAGAUCCAUCACUUAAGGACAGCAACCCCAGCUACUGUUUCCAGAGCUGGUAUUCUCUAUGUGAACCCACAAGAUUUGGGCUGGAAUCCGUAUGUGGCCAGUUGGAUAGACAGAAGGCGGCAUCAGUCAGAAAAGGCCAAUUUAACGAUUCUUUUUGACAAAUACGUUCCUGCAUGCCUGGAUAAGCUGAGAACAAGCUUUAAAACCAUCACUUCAAUUCCAGAGAGCAGCCUGGUGCAGACUGUUUGUACUCUGCUGGAAUGUUUGUUGACUCCUGAAAAUGUACCUUCUGACAGCCCAAAGGACGUGUAUGAGGUCUAUUUUGUCUUUGCCUGUGUCUGGGCGUUCGGAGGCACUCUGUCACAAGAUCAGCUUUCCGGUUGUCAAGCUGAAUUCAGUCGGUGGUGGCAUAAAGAGAUGAAAGCAGUUAAGUUUCCAUCCCAGGGAACAAUUUUUGACUAUUACCUGGACCACAAAACUAAGAAAUUCUUGCCUUGGGCUGAUAAAAUCCCCAAAUUUACUAUGGAUCCAGAAGUCCCUCUGCAGAGAGUUCUGGUUCACACAUCGGAGACCACUCGGCUCAGAUAUUUCAUAGAGUUGUUGCUUGAGAAAGGACAGCCACUAAUGCUGGUGGGAAAUGCUGGAGUGGGAAAAACAGUCUUUGUGGGUGACAUGCUGACAAGUCUCUCUGAAGCUUAUAUAGUGUCGCGAGUGCCUUUCAACUACUAUACAACAUCUGCGGCUCUGCAAAGAAUUCUUGAGAAACCUCUAGAGAAAAAAGCUGGUCGUAACUAUGGUCCAGGAGGAAAUAAAAAAAUGGUUUAUUUUAUUGAUGACAUGAACAUGCCUGAAGUGGACUUAUAUGGCACCGUUCAGCCCCACACUCUGAUUCGACAGCAUAUUGAUUAUGGACACUGGUAUGACAGACAGAAAGUGAGGCUUAAAGAAAUCCAUGGCUGUCAGUAUGUUGCCUGCAUGAAUCCGAUGGUGGGCAGUUUUACUAUCAAUCCUAGACUACAGAGACAUUUCACUGUGUUUGCAUUCAACUUUCCAUCCAUGGAUGCACUAAACACCAUCUACAGCCAAAUCCUGAGUUCCCAUUUCCAGCAUCAAGCGUUUGGUCCAUCAGUUCUCAGGAGUGGCCCUGCUUUGAUACAGGCAACAAUUGCAUUCCAUCAGACAAUGACACAUAACUUUUUACCUACGGCCAUUAAAUUCCACUACCUCUUUAAUCUGAGAGACCUGUCAAACGUCUUCCAGGGGAUUUUAUUUGCUUCUUCUGAAUGUUUAAAGGGUCCAAAUGAUUUAAUACAGCUAUGGCUUCAUGAAUCUUAUCGUGUUUAUGGAGACAGACUGAUAGACACAAAGGAUUGUAAUUUGUUCCAGAAAAAAAUGCUGGAGACUGCUAAUAAAUAUUUUGAAGGUGUAGACAGUCAGCUUUUGCUCCAGCAGCCCCUCAUUUAUUGCCACUUUGCUAAUGGCAAGGAAGACCUGUGUUACAUGCCAGUGAAGGACUGGGAGGUGCUGAAGACAUUUCUUACAGAAGCAUUAGAUAACUACAACGACCUCAAUGCUGCCAUGCCCCUCGUGCUCUUUGAAGAUGCCAUGCAACAUGUGUGUCGCAUCAGCAGAAUCCUGCAGACCCCUCAGGGUUCCGCGCUCUUGAUUGGCGUGGGGGGCAGUGGCAAGCAGAGCCUGUCCCGCCUGGCAGCUUACAUUUGCGGACUUGAGGUCUUCCAGGUCACUCUGACCCAAGGCUUUGGAAUCCAAGAACUUCGGGUAGAUCUUGCCAAUUUGUACAUCAGAACCGGAGCCAAGAACUUGCCCACCGCGUUCCUGCUGACAGAUGCCCAGGUUCUAGAUGAGAGCUUUCUUGUGCUGAUUAAUGACUUGCUGGCAUCAGGAGAAAUCCCUGAUCUGUUCAGUGAUGAAGAUGUAGACAAGAUAAUUUCCGGAAUUCGUAACGAAGUGCGCAGUCUGGGCAUGGUGGACUCCAAAGAAAACUGCUGGAAAUUCUUUUUGGCUCGGGCACGACUACAUCUCAAAAUCAUUUUGUGUUUCUCUCCGGUUGGUCACACGCUGAGGGAUAGAGCUCGGAAGUUCCCAGCCCUAGUUAACUGCACGGCUGUUGACUGGUUCCAUGCAUGGCCAAGGGAGGCUCUGGUCACAGUCAGCAGGAGGUUCAUUGAGGAAACCAGGGGAAUUGAGCCCCUGGACAAAGAUUCUAUUAGCCUUUUCAUGGCACACGUUCACACUAGCGUAAAUGAAAUGAGUACCAGGUUUUACCAGAAUGAGGGAAGACACAACUAUACCACCCCAAAGAGUUUCUUGGAACAAAUAUCGCUGUUUAAGAACCUGUUGAAGAAGAAACAAAAAGAGGUGUCCCAGAAGAAAGAGCACUUGGUGAAUGGCAUCCAGAAGCUAAAAACCACAGCCUCUCAGGUGGGAGCUCUGAAGGCCAGACUUGCCUCUCAAGAAGCCGAGUUACAGCUGAGAAAUCAGGAUGCUGAAGCUCUCAUCGCAAAGAUUGGGCUGCAGACGGAGAAAGUGAGCCGGGAAAAGGCCAUCGCCGAUGCCGAGGAGCGAAAGGUGACAGCCAUUCAGACUGAAGUGUCCCAGAAACAGAGGGAGUGUGAGGCCGACCUAUUGAAGGCUGAGCCUGCGCUGGUGGCUGCAACAGCUGCCCUCAACACACUCAACAGGGUCAAUCUCACUGAGCUGAAAGUGUUUCCCAACCCUCCAAAUGCGGUUACCAAUGUUACUGCGGCCGUCAUGGUCCUUCUGGCUCCCCAGGGCCGAGUGCCAAAAGACCGGAGUUGGAAAGCAGCUAAAGUCUUCAUGGGCAAGGUGGAUGAUUUUUUGCAAGCGUUAAUUAACUAUGACAAAGAGCACAUUCCAGAGAACUGUCUGAAAGUGGUGAAUGAACAGUAUUUGAAAGACCCAGAGUUCAAUCCAAACCUGAUUCGGACCAAAUCUUUUGCCGCAGCCGGUCUCUGCGCCUGGGUCAUCAACAUCAUUAAGUUCUAUGAGGUCUACUGUGAUGUGGAGCCCAAACGCCAUGCAUUAGCCCAAGCAAACUUGGAAUUGGCCACAGCUACUGAAAAACUAGAGGCAAUCAGGAAAAAGCUGGCGGACUUGGAUCGAAACCUGAGCAGACUCACAGCUUCCUUUGAAAAAGCAAUAGCCGAGAAAGUUCGGUGUCAAGAAGAGGUGAACCAAACCAACAAAACUAUCAAACUAGCUAACAGGCUUGUCAAGGAACUUGAGUCAGAGAAGAUUCGCUGGGGUCAGUCUAUUAAAUCCUUUGAAGCUCAAGAGAAGACGCUCUGUGGAGAUAUCCUCCUUACGGCUGCAUAUGUGUCUUACGUUGGCCCCUUUACCCAGCAGUAUCGUCAGGAACUGGUGGACUGCAUGUGGGUUCCCUUUCUUCACUGGAAGGUCUCCAUCCCAAUGACCGAAGGCCUGGACGUGAUUGCCAUGUUGACGGAUGAUGCCACAAUUGCCACCUGGAAUAAUGAGGGGCUGCCCAAUGACAGAAUGUCCACUGAGAACGCUGCUAUCCUAACCCACUGCCAGCGCUGGCCCCUCAUGAUAGACCCCCAGCAGCAGGGCAUUAAGUGGAUCAAGAAGAAGUACGGAACUGACCUCAAAGUCACACACUUGGGCCAGAAAGGGUUUUUGAAUGACAUUGAAACAGCAUUGGCCUUUGGAGAUGUCAUCUUAAUUGAAAACCUGGAGGAAACAAUAGAUCCAGUCCUCGAUCCAUUGCUUGGUAGAAACACCAUUAAAAAAGGAAAGUAUAUCAAGAUCGGAGAUAAAGAAUGUGAAUUUAACCACAACUUUCGUCUUAUCCUUCACACAAAGCUGGCAAAUCCUCACUAUAAGCCAGAAUUGCAAGCUCAGACCACCCUUCUCAAUUUCACAGUCACACAAGAUGGUCUGGAAGCCCAGCUGCUGGCAGAGGUUGUCAGCAUUGAAAGGCCAGAUUUGGAGAAACUUAAGUUGGUUUUGACAAAGCACCAAAAUGAUUGUAAGAUAGAGCUGAAGUAUCUGGAGGACGAUCUCCUUCUGCGUCUCUCUGCGGCAGAGGGGAGCUUUCUAGACGACACCAAACUGGUGGAGAGACUGGAGACGGCCAAGGCCACCGCGGCCGAGAUAGAGCGCAAGGUGAUCGAAGCUAGAGAAAAUGAAAGAAAAAUCAACGAGGCCCGAGAACGUUACAGACCCGUGGCAGCAAGAGCAUCUCUUCUUUAUUUUGUUAUUAACGACCUCAGAAAAAUCAAUCCCAUCUAUCAAUUCUCUUUGAAGGCUUUCAACCUUCUGUUCCAAAGAGCCAUCGAGCAGGCUGACAAGGUGGAGGACGCCCAGGGGCGCAUCUCAGCCCUGACAGAGAGCAUCACCCACGCCGUCUUCCUCUCCACCAGCCAGGCACUAUUUGAGAAGGACAAACUCACCUUCUUGUCCCAGAUGGCUUUUCAGAUUUUGUUAAGAAAGAAAGAGAUAGAUCCUCUUGAAUUGGAUUUCCUGCUUCGAUUCACGGUUGAACACACUUACCCGAGUCCUGUUGACUUCCUCACUCCUCAGGCAUGGAGUGCGCUGAAGGCAGUAGCCCUCAGGGAAGAGUUUCGAGGUCUAGACCGAGAUGUGGAAGGAUCUGCCAAGCAGUGGAGGAGGUGGGCAGAAUCCGAGUGUCCGGAAAAAGAAAAGUUACCACAAGAAUGGAAGAAGAAAAGCCUAAUACAGAAGCUGAUUAUUUUGAGAGCCCUGCGCCCUGACAGAAUGACAUAUGCUCUCAGAAAUUUUGUGGAGGAAAAACUGGGUGCCAAGUAUGUGGAGAGGACCAGGCUGGACUUAAUUAAAGCAUUGGAAGAAAGCAGCCCAGCCUGCCCAGUAUUCUUCAUCCUCUCCCCCGGGGUAGAUGCCCUUAAAGACCUUGAGAUCCUUGGCAAGAGACUUGGGUUUACAAGUGACUUGGGAACGUUCCACAAUGUGUCCUUAGGACAAGGUCAGGAGAUGGUGGCAGAAGUGGCAUUGGAGAAAGCUUCCAAAGGAGGACACUGGGUCAUGCUCCAAAAUGUCCAUUUAGUAGCCAAGUGGCUCGGAACCUUGGAGAAACUCCUUGAAAGAUUCAGCCAAGGAAGCCACAGAGAUUAUAGAGUUUUCAUGAGUGCUGAGUCUGCGCCUACACCACAUGAGCAUGUCAUCCCUCCAGGUCUUCUGGAAAAUUCCAUUAAGAUUACCAAUGAGCCCCCCACAGGAAUGCUGGCCAAUUUGCAUGCUGCUCUCUACAACUUUGAUCAGGAUACACUUGAAGCAUGCUCCAAGGAGCAGGAGUUUAAAAGCAUCCUCUUCUCACUGUGCUACUUCCAUGCCUGUGUUGCCGGGAGACUGAGAUUUGGCCCCCAGGGCUGGAGCCGCAGCUACCCUUUCAGUCCCAGAGACCUCACCAUCUGUGCCCACGUCCUCUACAACUACUUAGAAGCAAAUCCUCACGUCCCAUGGGAAGACCUCCGUUAUCUCUUUGGUGAGAUCAUGUAUGGGGGCCACGUCACAGAUGAAUGGGAUCGCAAACUGUGCCGGGUGUAUUUAGAAGAAUUCAUGAACCCCUCUCUGAUUGAUGAUGAGCUGAUGCUGGCACCAGGAUUUGCAGCCCCACCUAAUCUGGAUUAUUCAGGCUACCACCAGUACAUAGAAGAGAUGCUUCCUCCAGAAAGCCCAGCACUGUAUGGCCUCCAUCCAAAUGCUGAAAUAGAAUUCCUGACAGUGACAUCCAACACUCUCUUCAGAACUUUGCUGGAGAUACAGCCCAAGAAUGCACUCAGCAAUGAGGAGCUGGGACAGUCCACAGAAGACAAGGUUAAGAAUGUCUUGGAGGACAUUUUGGAGAAACUUCCAGAAGAGUUCAAUAUGGCAGAGAUAAUGCAAAAAAAUCCAAACAGAAGCCCCUAUGUUCUUGUUUGCUUCCAAGAAUGUGAGAGGAUGAAUAUUCUCCUUCAGGAAAUCCGUGUGUCACUUCAACGAUUAGACCUUGGUUUGAAGGGGGAACUGACAUUGUCUCCUGAUAUGGAAGCCCAGCAGUCUGCAUUGAGUUAUGAUGCUGUACCAGACACUUGGAGCAAAGUGGCUUAUCCCUCUACUUAUGGCCUGGCCCAGUGGUUUAAUGAUCUCCUCUUGCGAUGCCGGGAACUCGAUACCUGGACGCAAGAUCUUGCCCUUCCAGCUGUGGUGUGGCUUUCUGGCUUCUUCAACCCUCAGUCCUUCUUAACUGCAAUCAUGCAGACCAUGGCACGGAAAAACGAGUGGCCACUGGAUAAAAUGUGCCUGACCAUUGACGUUACCAAAAAAAUGAAGGAGGAUUACGGGCACGCCCCCAGGGAAGGUGCAUACCUGCACGGGCUCCUCCUGGAAGGUGCCAGGUGGGACAGCCAGUCAGGAACCAUUGUUGACGCCCACCUCAAAGAGUUAAGGUCCGCGAUGCCAGUCAUCUUUGCAAAAGCCAUCCCCAUGGACAGACAGGAAACCAAACACACCUACGAGUGUCCUGUGUAUAGAACCAAAAUGAGGGGCCCCAACUAUGUGUGGACCUUCAGGCUGAAGAGCAAAGAGAAGACGGCCAAGUGGGUUCUGGCGGGCGUGGCUCUGCUGCUAGAAGCAUAAAACAGCCCUGGCGCUGGGACUCCUCUUCCUCCAGGCUCAGCUGGAGCACAGUGAGGCUCUGCCAUUGUUCCCAUGCACAGUAAUUAUUCUUUCUAAGAGGCAUAAAACAUUCCGGCUUAUGUAACUUUUAAGUAACUUAAAUGUGCAUUUUUGUUUAAAAUACCAUCCUUGAAAAGUAGAGAAGGGGGACAAAAAGAACCAAAUGUAGAAAAACAUAUAGGACACCUACUGAGAAUCUUAUUCAUGUUUUUUUUUUUAGCUUUCCCUAAUUCCCCUUGACGCCCUCAUCCCGCAACACAAAAAAGUACAGUAUUUCUCACAUUUACGUUGAACCUCAAAAACAAUGUGGUUGGAAGUCUCCCAAUCUACACGUGGUAUCUAGUUCUUAUAGACAUUAAAAUCUUUAAAAAUUAGCCCUUAUAUUCUUUUAAAAGAGAGAAGCAAUUGGCCCCAGGCAGUGGGCAAAUUCUGAAGAGCCAGCCACUCCUGCUGCCUAGCAGCCCUCUAAGGCCUCCAGUGUCAGUCAUGUGACAGUCCACUUUUCAAGUUUUUAGUAAAAAUAAGACUCUAGUUCUGCGGUUAAUUGCACUUUGUAAUUUAGGGGAACAUUCUUCAAUAUAAAUUUCCAAUGACCCAGAGCAGGUUAAGUAAAGAGCAACUGCAUGGUCUGAACUAUGGUCACUCAUGAUAAGGUAAACUCAAGGGGAUGUGACCCCUGUAACAGCCUGGCCUCGAGUUACUGUUUGGGAGGUCGAAGGUCAAUGCAACAGACAUAAUUCAACAGUGUCAAAGGCAAGAGCUGCUUAUACAAUAUUUCCUCUGGAACCUACCUGAAACUUUAACCCCACCCCAUUUAAACCGUGCUUUUUAAUCAUCUGCAGAUGCUUUUAACAAUUCUGUAUCCAAACAGGCCUGGGUAUACAUGUGUGGAGAUUCCUCUGUUGUCCUCCUGAGAAAUCCUUUGUGAAGCGUAAA